UGUACCGUUUGAAAACUCUUAUGGGAGUUGUAGUAUUUGUGCUUUAAACAGUACGGGAGGUAGAAUUCACACGGCAAACGGUGCUGUGGAAUUCCUUGCAUCCACCUGAGCUGCCACCAAAUUAAACAGAUGGGACCUUGGUUUAACCUGUCAUUCAAAGGACAGCAGUCUCAAGAAUGCAGCACUGCAGUGUUAGCAAUCUACUUGCUGUGGGAAUAAAUCCCACAAUCAUCUACACCAAAGAUUUAAAAUAUGUCAGGUUUGUGGAGAUCCUAUCAAACACUGUUGUUUAAACACCCUUGGAAAGUGCAGAUUCUCACAACUGGUACUCUGAUGGGAGUUGGUGAUGUAAUUUCUCAACAAGCAGUUGAAAAAAAAGGGUGGACCAAUCAUGACAUGGGAAGAACAGUUAAAAUGACAGGAAUUGGACUCUUCUAUGUGGGUCCUAUUAUUGGUGGGUGGUACAAAAUCCUGGAUCAGCUCAUUCCUGGAGCAACUAAAACAGUGGCACUGAAAAAGAUGCUGUUUGAUCAGAUUGGAUUUGCUCCUUGUUUCCUGGGUGGAUUCCUUUGCAUAUCUUCAGCACUGAAUGGCCUUUCCACUGACCAGAUAUGGAAUAAACUCAAAAGGGAUUAUACAGAUACACUGAUUGCAAAUUAUUAUAUUUGGCCAUCUGUUCAAAUUGCAAAUUUUUACUUCAUACCUCUAAAUUACAGAUUGGCUGUUGUCCAGUGUGUUGCUAUAGCAUGGAAUUCCUACCUCUCCUGGAAGGCUAAUAAGAUGUGAAGAUCUAAUCACCCUAUAUAUCAAAAUAAUGAAAUUUGUAUUAGUGAAAGAUUUAGUACACACUGUAAUCAGCAAAACGACCACUGAAGCCAUAGAAUGUCCUGAUGUGUAAACAACCACCAAGUUUCAAGACUGUAGAACAAUGUAGCUAUCAUCUCGACUUCCAUAUGACAAAAAUAUGUUUAAAGUAAUUUUGUCUUUUCCAUGAAAUCUUGAAAGGGAUUUCCCUGUGAAAAAUGCAUGUUGUAUAAGGAAUAAAUCACUGUUAAAUCAGUUGAUGCACAUGCUGGGAGAACACUGCACAUUGAGGAUGGGGACCUGAGAAACUUCAGAGUUUGUCUUGUAUACAACUCCACUUCAAUAAAGGAGGAGUUCAGCAUCACUGUUGUAUUCAAACUAAAGUCCUAUAUACUUUGUGCCACAGCAAAUCAAUAAAAAUAUAAUGUAAUCUAAUGUUCGCAAGCUUUUCAUAGUUAAAGUCCAAAACAAUGUUUGUUUGCAUUCAAAUACAGUAUUCCCUUGUAGACAAAGGUCUGAUACAGUGGUUGAUAAAAUAAAUGAGCAGUAAUUACAUAGAUCUCACAGCAGUAGACCAACUGUCUUUACAGUUCCGCCAAGAUGGAUAAGCGAAAAUGUAUUUUCCUUACACACAGGCAAGCAUAAAUGCAGCUGGGGUAUUCCCUGAAGGGUUCAGCUCCAUUCUCUCACAGGCAUACCCUCUGGAUUGCCUUCCUUCUUCUUAUGUAACUCCUUCUAGAGUCCAUCCAUUACAGUGAUUUUAUAGAUAUAUUUACAUACAGACACACACUCAAAAUAUAUAUAUAUAUAUAAUACAUAUGCAUGCACACGUGUGUGUGUGUCAUCAAACAGCAAACAUUAUAAUAUACUAACUCGUACAGUUUAUCAACCUAAAGAAUAGAGAAACAUCAAACUCAGGAAAUCACAACCAGCUCACAAAUAGAAAUCAUAGUAGCAGUGAUUGCGCAGGUAACAGCUGCCACCAGGUGAACCUUUCACAUUUCUGCAUAUUUUUUCUUCUCUGUUACAGAACUGUGUGCAGCUGUCUCAGAUUUGACUAAAUUAACUUUCUAUGAAAUGGGCUUUCACCUAAAUGGGCUUUCAGUCAUUUGGAUUCAGUCAUUUAGAACUGUGCAAUCUGGGCAUUCAUUCAGAUGUCUGGUUCACACGCAGCUGUAAAAAAUGCUUACAUAUACAGACCAACCUGGGUCAAAACAGCAGUUACAAUACAAAAACUCCUCCUGUUGUAAAUCAAGAAUUUUCUGUUUCUUUACCAAAAGGUGUUUUAUUUUAUGACAUUUUAAGUUCUGGGAAAGAAAAGUGAACUGGCAGCAGGACCCUUUGACUUUGCCUAAUAGAAGCAUCAGGGUGAUGUAAGGGCAUCAGAUCCAACCUUUUUGAUGAAAUUUUGUGCUAGAUAUUUUUAAUGACUAACUAAAGUCAGGCUAGUUUAAUCAUUAUGCAAUCCCCCUCACAUCAAAGAAAUUAGAUAUAAUCUUUAGACUUCAUGUGUCAAAAAUGCUAUAGCUUGAUGCAAUGAUCAUAUCAUCCACAUAGCAAAAGUGAAUUUAACCUCACUACACAGUAAUAUGUCUAACAGACAAACUAAGGAAGCAGAUAUCAUCAUUUACCAUGCAGACCUGAUGAUAGUAAUUUGCAGCUAUCAUUCUUGGAUGGAUUGCCAAUUACAUGGUACAGUUACUUGCCUCUUUAGCAGGAAAGUGUUGGCUGUUUAAAAGAGAAUACCACAGAAUGCACAUUUAUAACCAUUAAAAAUGUAGUCAAGUACAAUAGCUGUUCUAUUUCUGACAAAUUGGAUAAGUAGAACACUUUAAUCCUUUGACUACUGUGCAUUUCCCAGGAAGAUGUCCCCAAACUUCUGAAUGUUUUGCUGAUUUUGUCUAAAUGCCUUUAUUUCUAGAGGAGUUGUGCAUUUGUCAAGAAUUGUUUAAGGAAAUGUACUGUCAUAUUUACCUAUAAGGAUUCCUUACCUCUGAAGAUUCCUUACUUUGAGCUCAUAUACUCAAGGGCAAAGGAGCAACUGCAUCUUGUGUUGUAAUGAAAAAAUAGUCAUAUUAAUGGCAUUAUAUGUCACAACAUAUAAAAGAAAGAAAAACAUCACUUUUAUUCAAAAACAUGUAUUAUUUGGCCUAAAUUCAAAACAGUAAUACAUAGUUCAUUAUUGAUAGCUGUUAGAUUCUUUUACUUAGGAAAAAUUUGAAAGCUAGACUUUUGCUGCUUUAAGCAAUGGAGUUUGAGACAGCAUAUUACAAAUGAAAAUCUUUCUGGAGAAAUAUAUAUGUUUUUUUUCUUGCAAUGAGGCCUCAAUAAAAAUAUAUUCUACAUAGAUGUGGCAUAGCUCAGCCCGAGCAGAUGUUAUAUACCUAGCAAUGGAAAACUUUUGUGAUGUGACAUGCCAGACUAUGUUAGUUAAGUGAAUAUACAUGCCUUUUCUAAGAAGUAAUAACUCUUACUCUUUUGAGAGUUCUGAUGAAACUUUAAAUAAUUAAUUCUUGAACACUCAGUUGCAGUAUUCAUCUUUGGCUGUCAUUCUACUGUUUGGGAUUUCAGUGCAGCUCAGUUUUCAUUUUGAAUACAGCACAUACCUUCCUUAUAACAUGGAGUGCUGGCCAUGAUAUUUUUGCAGUGACAGAUGCGUUACUUUAUAUGAAAAAAUAUAUGUAUGUUUUGAUGACAAUGGAAUAAAGACAAAUGCUUUGCCAGUAUCAUGAGUCCAGUCUGACAAAUGUCAUGUAGUGGAAUCUGAGUAUAAUACAGUGUCAGACUGUAGCAAUGAUUUGCAUCAACAGGAGUAUUCCUUUGCUGAUGGAUACAUAUAUGGUGAUAUUUAAUUUGUCACAACUGCACACAUUUUGUCACUUGCUGAAAUGUAGGUGAUUUCAUUGGUGGAACAGUUGACCAAAUUAUGUAACUCAAACUUCAGCAGCUUGACCAUUACAUAAUCCAGGUGAUCUCCUGUUUUCUAUAAGGUUGUACAACCUUGGAGUUAGUGUAUUUAAUUUCCAGGGAUGUGUUUUGUUUCAGUUUGGGUAAUCACAAAUGUAACCUACUGGCUUUGAUUUGUAAUUUUUUUUUUAGAUUAUUUGGGUAGUGAUUAAAUGGUAAUUGCCAGUGAGUUAGUUCAGUGCUUUGUAUUUUGAAUAGUCAUGUUUACAGAGAUAUAUACAUGCACACACACACACACACAUAUAUAUAAAAGGAUGUGUGUGUGAUUUUUACUUUACUUUUUAUGACAAUAGAAUAAAUAUAUAUUGUGUUCCAGUGCCGCAUAAUCCAGCAUGUGCAGAAGUAAUAAAUAUCUGUAGUGCAGGUAUCAAUGAAAGAUAGUGAUAAUGUGGGAACCUCAGAAUUUAGUAUUUAUGUAUAAAGAUCUGCAUGCCACUCCUACUUGGAGAUCAAAAAUAUUUCAUAAAAAUGGCACCAGGCUACUCAGCUGCAAAAAUGUAACUUAAGAAUGCUAUUCUACCCUUGGGGAAUUAAUUGUGUUCAUGUGAUAAAUUUAACUAAUUUUGGCUUCUUCAAAUCACAGAAUUUGAAUCAUGGCAAAAAUACUUUUGUGCUGAAACAUAUAAGAAUUAUACUUUUGAUGCAGUGGCAAUUCAUUAAAGAUAUCCUCUGCAUCAAUGAAAGUAUAAUGCAAAAUAGCUGACUGUGGCAGUGAAAGGCCUAUGAAUUCCUGCACAUAGUACCCAUGUACAAAAGGCUAUAUGUCAGUCCCUUUGAGUCUUCCUUACAAAGUUUUUAGCCAAUGGCAACAGGAGAUUCUGCUAUAAAAUGCACCUAAUACUGCCAUUCUAUGUUUAACAAAUGUAUUGUAACUUAGCACGGAAUCUGAGCGCAUCUCUUUUAAACAGAACAAGACGACCUUUUUUCAUAUUUACUGAUAGUUGUAUUUUUGUAACAAAUAAAAAAAUGAAAAAAAACGUA